ACUUCUCGCGUAUAUAUCUUACAGCUGUUACUUACACCACCGUGUCGCCCAUCAUGUCAUGCUUGUUACAUCCCUUUGGUAGUCUCGAACCGGGACCUGACAAUCGCGGGACGUGCUAUCAUAUUGUGCCAUUAUCUUGGUGCAACCCUGCCACAUCAAGUACUCUAGCAGUGUUGAACUCCAUUGGGUAUAGUGACCGCCACGCAAAAGCCCAUUCAUAACUUGAUUUCCCUGUCAAUGAACUCUCUUUAAUCCUUCUUUACGCUCCACUCAUCAGCCAUGUUACAGGUACCUGACCUGCACGUUUUAGAAAACACGAAGCUCGUCCUUGCGUUUGCAGCUUGUUUUGGGGUAGGAGCCGCCAUUCGCGGUUACCUUACAUCAGGAAGUAAAUAUCCCCUCCCACCUUCCCCUACCACUUGGGGGCUUUGGGGGCACGUACUACCCUAUCACAGGUCAUAUCUUACUGUAGAGAAAUGGAUUGAAGAGCUUGGGCCCGUGAUCAGUUUUCGCUCAGGAACCCGGAGAAUCGUGAUUAUCGGCCGCCAAAAAGCCGCGAUAGAUAUCUUGGAGAAGCAGGGCGGGGCGACAUCUGAUCGUCCUUCUAUGUAUUCUACUUCAGAAAUGCUUAGCGGCGGACAGUCCAUCGCCUUUUCACACGCUGGGGAAAGGUUGCAUCAUAUGCGUAGAGCACUUCAUUUGCAUCUCGGACCGAGAUCACUCGAGCAGCAUGAGCUCAUACAGUUAUCGUACGCAAAAGACAUGGUCAUGGACAUCAUCGAUGAUCCAUCCAACUUCCAGAACCACACGUUAACUUUUGUCUCAUCGGUGAUCAUGAAAGUUGCAUACGGGAAGAACACGCGUACGUUUGCUGGUGAUCUCGAACUCAAAGAUGCUCGCCAGCGCAUAGAGGAAUUGGGUAAAUCCCAGCGCCCUGGUGCUUACCUGGUGGACUCGAUUCCGUGGCUCAGAUACAUUCCUUGGUAUGGCAAAGAUUUAAGAGAGGGAUUUGAGAGGGGCAGGAAGAUCUACACCGCUCAGCUCAAUCGCGUGAAACAUCAACUACAGAGGAAUGAAGACAUCGGCCCUUCGUUCGCGAAAUACAUGCUCGAAACUGAGCAUAGUUAUCCCUUUACUGAGCUUGAGAGGGCUUGGCUCGUUGGGAGCUUGUUGCUAGCAUCCAACACGACUGCUGCGGCGUUAUGCACGGUGCUCAUGGUAGCCGCGCUUUUCCCCGAGGAGCAAGCUAAAGUCCAGGCCGAGUUUGAUGCGGUCAUCGGAAGGAACCGAGUACCCACCUUCGCUGACGAAAAUUCCCUUCCCCUUCUGCGCGCUUUCAUCGCUGAGUGUCAAAGAUGGAGACCGUCUGCUGCUGAAGGGCUGGCUCAUCAAACGACUAAAGACGUGAUUUGGGAAAAUUAUUGCAUUCCUGCCGGGACUACGGUGUUCGGCAACCAUUGGGCCAUCUCUCGAGAUCCAGACGUCUUCCCUGACCCUCACGCAUUCAAACCUGAGCGCUGGCUGAACGACCAAGGUGGCCUGAGGAAGGACCACAAAUUCUAUACCUUCGGGUUUGGUCGGCGGGUAUGCCCCGCCCAACACCUCGUACCCAGAUCCGUGUUCAUACACUCGCUCCUUGUCCUUUGGGCCUUCCGGAUGACUCUGGAUCCUACGAAGCCGGCGGAUGACAUGGGAUAUAUGAUCGGGGUGGUGCCAGAUAUCCAACCAUGCACUGUUCAGUUUGAGAGCAGGGUUCCGGAAUCGGCGCUCAGGCGUAUGAUGCAGAAGGAUCCCGAGGUUGCGUGAGAAAGCUUGACUCUAGAAAUCGCAGUGUCCCAUUACAAUUUCGGCCUCGUAUAUUUCUCUGGUGUGCGCAGUGUGUUCAGCUAUUCACUGUCGUGUAUUUCUCUUUCCCUGGGGGUAA